GGCUGCAGCUUCAAAAGGUGUCCUCCAUGGGUGCCUAUGGCAGGCGAUGAGAAAGAGCAGUUGAAGGUGAAUGAAGGGCUUCCCCAAGAAGCCACCACAACCGAGACACAACCAGCCCCAGAGAAUACAGCAGCUUUCUCCGAAGCUUUCCAAGACCUACAUGAUCAGUUCAGGGAAGAGGAAGAAACCUUGAGUAGAGUUAAGCUGACGGCAGGCUUGUCACCGCGUCCGAGGCCGAUAUCAGCCAUAGAGCGUGAACAAGAAUUGAUAGAGACAUUUGCUGAAGCAGCUAAACGGAGCACAUGGAACCCAGACUGGCAGCCAGAAGGGGAGUUUUGGAAUCCACGGCAUCAACUAGCAUACAACAACGAUGAAAUGAGCCAAAAUUGUCGCUGUUACUUUGAUAGAUGGCUGGACCACAGGGAGCUGCUCCCACCAGAUGCCCAACUGCAAGUGCAGAAACCGACUUGGCGCUUGGAACCAGAUGCGCUUCCUGUUGAGCAAAGGGAAGCUGAAAGAAUAGCUAGCACAAUUUACUCUCCGACCGGUCCUGGUUUGCGGUCUUCGCAGUCUUCGCCUUCCAAAACUUCCAAACCAGCAAGUUACUUAGAAGAUAUGUCUAGAGAGAACAUUACAAAGAGACGAUCGAUGAGAUUGUCUCGGGAUAAGCCAUGGAUGACACAGCCAGCUCGUUUUUGGCAGCUACCGCAGCCUGUAGAUGUGACGGAGUCAAUGGUUUCAACUAUGACACAGACAGAUUUCCCACAAAUCCAGUUCCCGAAUGAGGCUCGUGAGCAAAAUUGGGAUGGGCACCACCAUGCAACGUGGAGCAACUUUCAAAAUCUGCAGGGCAAAAUCUUGAAUCCUGCACCGGUGCGGUCCUACUUUGACCGACCUCGUGAACCUGACAUUGGUGCGCGGAGUGCGGAGAAAAAACUUCACAACGUAAAAGAUGGAAGUGUUCGCAUCCUGCCGCUUUGGAGACUUGAGCCUCUACCAGGUGUUUCGAUCGUUGAGCCACCUGAAGGUGGACUUUGGCCCUCCAUUGCUCCGCUUCAAUGUCGAUCCGGAAGCCCAGUACGUCCCCGCGAUGAAAUUUUGGGCCCAAGGCACGAAGCCUCUGCGGAAUUCAAGCACAAGUCAACUUGGAGCUGUCCGUCAUUGCUGACUACAGUUCCGACCGAUGACAUUGUGGAAAGAAAACACGGGUGGAAUGGGAGGCAUCAGUUGACCUUUCAAAACGAGGAAGUCUCCAGAUUGGACCGCUCCUACUUUGACCGCUUUCGUGAACAUGCUGAGCUUCGCUCCCCACACUCGGAGCCACAUGCUUCCUGCUCGGUUUGGAGCCUGGGCAGGGAUAUCUCGACCAAGGAUUCUCUCAGAACAAUGAUGGCUGGUGGCGACGCACGCUUUCACAAUGAUGGGAAGUGGAUGCAUCGUCAUCAGCUCACCUUUGACAAUUCUGGUGGCAGGUUGCCUGUCCAGAGAAAUAUGAGAUCCUACUUUGACCGCAGCAGGGACUUCCCCUCUGAGGCAAGUAGCGUGCAGCUUGAGGAGGUUUUGCCAGAAGAUGACCCGCAGCGGGCUGGUAAUUUCACACUGCUGACGGCUGCCGCCCUUCGCAAGCGCCGAUGCAAGCUCAAAGAAGAGGGGAAGUUGAAGGUGGACGUUUGGAGCCUGUCAGAGAAGCCACAGAAGCAGAAGGUUCGCAUCGAAGAGUCCUUUCAGAGCUGCGUUGGCGAUCCCUCCAUGAGCAAAGCUCAAAAGGAUGCUUCUCGCCCCUACCCAGCCCUCGGCCAAAAGAAUUUGCCUUGCCACGGGAGUCGUCAUUCUCCACGCUGCCGACACCAUCAUUGCCAGUUCUGACAGCUAGCAGAAGUGGAGAUUCCCUUUUAAAGAUGAGUUGACUGACCGUGCCAAUGAUGCCCUGGAAGAAAAUUGGGAGUUUAGCAAAACACCAUCAACUAUCAUAGUAGUUUUUUUUGGGGCAUGCGCGCAGCACGGCGAAGGCGUGCUUGCAGCGCACGGAGGAGUUUCACUCAAACAUGCUGCCGGUUUACAGCAUGUAGAUUGAGGAGAAAAAA